ACCACCCAGCGCAGCCAUCCCACAUCGCUGCCUCCGCCACCCUCCCACAUCGCUAGCUUCCCCCUCACACUCCGAGGAACCCAAAGCAGCCAGCUCCGAUGGGCCGCGGCCGUGCCAGGGGGCGCCCUCCGACCCCCUCCGACUCCUCAUCGUCGGAGGAGGAGCUCCUGCUGCCGGUCGGCGUGGAGGAGGAUGAGGACGAGGCGGACGAUGAGUCGGGGGACGACGACGAGUUCGUACUACUGCCGGUCGGCGCGGAGGUGGAGGUGCGCAGCGAUGACCCUGGCUUCGCCGGCUCCUUCUACGAGGCCACCGUCGCCGGCCACCUGCUCACCGCCGGCCGCCGCGGGCGCUACACGGUGGCCUACACCACGCUCCUGGCCGACGACGGGGACGACGAGCCGCUCACGGAGACCGCGGCCGCCGGCAACGUGCGGCCGCGUCCACCACCGCCCGAGGCGGGGAGGGAGUUCGCGGUCCACGAGAUGGUGGAGGCGUUCCACAACGACGGGUGGUGGGCCGGCGUGGUCUCCGCCGUCCUCCCGCGGCCGGUGAUCGACAGAGAUCGCCGGCAGCCGAGGGCGUACGUGGUCACGUUCCCCACGUCGCGGGAGACGCUGGAGUUCGGGGAGGCGGAUCUGCGGCCGCACCGCGUGUUCGAGGGCGGCCGGUGGGUCCCGGCUGCAGAGGUGGACAAUGGAAGUCCUUUGUUCGGUGAGGGAAACCAAGUUGAAGUGAGUGGAAAAUCCUUCGGCGCAUUCUGGAGUCCAGCUACUGUUCUUAAAGUGAUUGGUGCUACAAAUUUUCUAGUAGAGUACAUGCAUAUUGAAAAUGACGGGGAAUUGGCCACUGGGAUUGUCGAUUCUCAAGAUAUUCGGCCAGCACGCGCCAUCACCCGUAUGGACUCCAAGUACAGAUUUUCUCCUUCUUCUCAUGUCGAGGUCCAUCAUGAAGAUAGUUGGUGGCCUGGUGUUAUUGUUAAGGUUUUAGGUAGUGGAAUCAACAAGAAGUAUGUGGUGAAAUUGAAGAAUUACGAGACAGACAUGGAAGACGUGCAACCUGUGGAUGUUUUGACGGUUCAAAAUACGCAACUAAGGCCACGGUUUGACUGGGACGGUAAAAAAUGGGUACGCUGCGUGAAAGAGCCUUCACACCAAAAUUAUGUCCAUGAGAUGCAUCCAUGUCAGAAAUCUUCUCGAAAAAGGCUAGUUUCCGCCUUGUAUGAUGACUCUGAUAAAAUCAGUAAUGAACGUGAUUCUCAUCGUGACAAAAAGUUGAAGAAUGAAGAUGUGAUAUCAGGAAAAAAAGCUCCUCUUUCUCUGUCCAUUUGCAAUGAGAACAAUGAAAUUACUCAUAAUCAACGGAAUGCAGUAUUGGCAUUACGGUCUGAGCUAUCACUUCCUUCACUGCCACCAAUGGCAGCACUUAACCAGCUGAGUUCAUCUUCACUUGCUCCAAGCUGUCAUCUGGAACAAUCAUCUUCUCAGAUGAUUGUCAUACCAUCUACGCCAGAAAGUUGGCAGUUACGGGCUUUGUUGUUUGCAGCGUUUGGACAACCAACAGCUGACUCACAGGACCGACUAUUAGGUUCACAAGAGGGUAGUGGAGUAGAUGAUCUUCAUCAAGGAGGCUAUGUUGGUGAAACUAGUGUUGAGCAGGACACUGGUGGAGAAUUAUGUCAGAGGUUUUUGGUUAUGGCUGAUAAUGCCAACGUUCCUUUGUUGCCUUCAGCAGAGAGUUGUGAAGCUAAUUUGCAUGACAACCGGCUCUCCAAGGACAACACGGCAGCUGCGGUGGAGUGUGUUACUUGUUAUGCUGCUCCAGCCGAGGACUUGUCUCUCAUACCUGUAGCUACUUUACAUGGUGUUGUACCUAAUCUGUUGCCAUUAGAGUGGGAUUUGGAGGUCAAUAUAACUGAAGAUAUGGAUGAGGAGAACCAUCAAGGGAAUGUGGUUGGGUUAGCCAGCAAUGGGAAUCAAAGUCAGUAUACUAGUGUUGACUGUCCAUUCUCAGCCACAACCUUAACUGCACUCGAGGAUGACAUGAUUACCACUGAAAGUCCAAGCAGGAAGUUCUUAGGCAGUAGCCAAUCCAUCGAGAAGUCGACAAUAACUCGGCUGUCUUCUGUUGGUAUGAGCAAUUAUAGUGUGACAGAACCUUUCGAUGAUAGCCUUGCCAUAACAAAUGGUGUGGAGGGCACACCAGUAUCCAGGUAUGUUGCAAGCAGAACAAGUGAUUCUGUCUUACCCUUGUCGCCGGAAUCUGUAGCUGUGCAUGAGAGUACCAUGGGAUCCUUGGCAAUCCACCGUCUUCCAUUUGUGAAGACCUCCCCAAUGUGGGCACAUCUUGAGGCACUGGAAAUAUUCAGGAAAGCGCCACAGCGGCCACAUUUUCGUCAUUUCGAGCAGUAUUGUCCAGAGCUCCGCGAAGGGAUGGCAUUAGGUAUGAUGCUCUCUUUUGCCAAUUUAGCAGAAAGCAUAAACAUGCUGGAUGUUCAGGGUGACAAAGAACUACUUGAACAGAAGAUGAAGAGCCUCACUUUGCUCGAGGAGAAUGGUUUCGAUGUCACAUACCUGAGAUCAUGCGUGGAAACUUUAAUCGCCACAUAUAAUAGUCGCGUCGAAGAUCUGGAGGAGAAGAUUGCUCGCGUAGAAACCUACGACCAAGAACUCGGCACACAAGUUCGCGCGCUGGCUAUGACCGUCCAGCGUCUCGAAUUGCAUGCGUAUCUCAUGCGCAACAUGAUGCGGUCUGCCAUCACGCGGAAGAUGAGCAAUGCUGUGAAGAUCUCAAGACUCAAGGCAGAAGCGAACGAUCUUGAGAGAUCGUAUCUCUCCAACGCCGCGCCACGGUGAGUUUGGUCUAUGGUAGGAGCAUAUCAGCACGCUUGUGAAUAGGUAGUUACCGCAACAACCAGCUAGUUGUUGUGUAGAUACUACUAGUUCGUAGUGCCAUCCUGCAGUUCGCCGUGCGACGGACGAGUCUUUUGUGUAUGUUGUUGCUCUGGUAUGGUACAGGCAGCUAUCUGUGAAAUACCGUGUAAGCUGAACCUGGACAGUAUGUGCGUGGGCUACUGAAGUCACUUUUGGUAUUGCGUA